AUGGACGCGACGGUGUCGGAGCUCCUGGAGCUCUUCCUGCAGAGCCCGCUGGUGGCCUGGGUGAGAACUUUCGGGCCCCUCGGCGGCGGCGGCCCCGCGGACAAGCUGGCCGCCUUCAUGGACCUGGCGGACGGCGUCGUCCUGAACCAGAUCAUGCUGCAGAUAGACCCCAGGCCGACAAACCAGCGCAUCAACAAGCAUGUGAACAAUGACGUGAACCUUCGCAUUCAGAACCUGACCAUCUUGGUGAGAAACAUUAAGACCUACUACCAGGAAGUUCUCCAGCAGCUGAUCGUCAUGAAUUUGCCCAAUGUUUUGCAGAUUGGCAAGGACCCGCUGUCUGGGAAGAGUAUGGAGGAGAUUAAGAAGGUGCUGCUGCUGGUGCUGGGCUGUGCGGUGCAGUGUGAGAGGAAAGAGGAGUUUAUUGAAAGAAUCAAGCAGCUGGACAUCGAGACCCAAGCAGGGAUCGUGGCGCACAUCCAGGAGGUGACCCACAACCAGGAGAACGUGUUUGACCUGCAGUGGUUGGAGCUCCCGGAUGUGGCCCCGGAGGAGCUGGAAGCCCUGUCGAGGAACAUGGUGUUCCACCUCCGAAGGCUCAUAGAUGAGCGGGAUGAGUGCACAGAGCUGAUCGUGGACCUCACUCAGGAACGGGACUACCUGCAGGCGCAGCACCCGCCCAGCCCCCUCAAGUCCUCCAGCGCCGAGUCCACCCCUAGCCCCACCAGCAGUUUGUCCAGCGAGGACAAGCAGCACCUGGCCGUGGAGCUGGCGGACACCAAGGCCAGGCUGCGCCGCGUCAGGCAAGAGCUGGAGGAGAAGACAGAGCAGCUCGUGGACACCAGGCAUGAGGUGGACCAGCUAGUGCUGGAGCUGCAGAAAGUCAAGCAGGAGAACAUCCAGCUGGGGGUGGACGCCAGGUCGGCCCGUGCCUACCGCGAUGAGCUGGAUUCCCUGCGGGAGAAGGCGAGCCGCGUGGAGAGGCUGGAGAUGGAGCUGGUGCGCUGCAGGGAGAAGCUGCACGACGUGGACUUCUACAAGGCCCGCAUGGAGGAGCUGAGAGAAGAUAAUAUCAUCCUAAUCGAAACGAAGGCCAUGCUGGAGGAGCAGCUGACCGCGGCCCGGGCCCGGGGUGACAAAGUCCACGAGCUGGAGAAGGAGAACCUGCAGCUGAAAUCGAAGCUUCACGACCUGGAAUUGGACCGGGACACAGACAAGAAGCGAAUUGAGGAGCUGCUGGAGGAGAACAUGGUCCUGGAGAUCGCACAGAAGCAGAGCAUGAACGAGUCGGCGCACCUGGGCUGGGAGCUGGAGCAGCUGUCCAAGAACGCAGACCUGUCUGACGCCUCCAGGAAGUCGUUUGUGUGCGAGCUGAACGAGUGCGCCUCCAGCCGCAUCCUGAAGCUGGAGAAGGAGAACCAGAGCCUCCAGAGCACCAUCCAGGGGCUGCGGGACGCGUCCCUGGCUCUGGAGGGGAGCAGCCUCAAGUGCGGGGAGCUAGAGAAGGAGAACCAGCAGCUCAGCAAGAAGAUUGAGAAGCUACAGAGCCAGCUGGAGAGAGAGAAGCAGAGCAACCAGGACUUGGAGACCCUCAGCGAGGAGCUGAUCAGAGAGAAGGAGCAGCUGCAGGGGGACAUGGAGACACUGAAGGCUGACCGAGCCAGGCAGAUCAAGGACCUUGAGCAAGAAAAGGACCAUCUCAACCAAACAGUGUGGUCCCUGCGGGAGAGGUCACACGUCAGCAGCGAGGCCCGCACCAAAGACAUCGAGAAGGAGAACAAGGCCCUCCACCGGACGGUGACGGAGACCAGCAGCCAGCUCAGCAAGCUGGAAUUCGAGAAGCAGCAGCUGCACAGGGACCUGGAACAGGUGAAGGAGAAGGUGGAGCGGGUGGAGGCGCUAGAGAAGGAGCGGCACCGGCUGGAGAAGGAGAACCACGAGCUGACCAGGAAGGUGGCCUCCCUGGCGACGGCCGCCGAGAAGGUGGACGCCCUGGAGUGCGAGAGCCAGGGCCUGGCGCUGGAGAACCGCAAGCUGCGCAAGUCCCUGGACACCCUCCAGAACGUGUCGGUGCAGCUCGAGGGCCUGGAGCGUGACAACAAGCAGCUGGACGCGGAGAACCUGGAGCUGCGCAGGACGGUGGAGGCCAUGCGCUUCACCGGCGCCAAGAUGGCGCAGAUCGAGCGGGAGAACCAGGAGCUGGAGCGGGAGAAGGAGGAGCUGAGGAAGAACGUGGAGCUGCUGAAGGCGCUGAGCAAGAAGUCGGAGCGCCUGGAGCUCAGCUACCAGAGCGUGAGCGCCGAGAACCUCCGGCUGCAGCAGAGCCUGGAGAGCAGGGGCCAGAAGUCGCAGGCCCUGGAGCGAGAGCUCGGGGAGCUGGAGGCGGAAAACCAGGCCCUGCAGCGGGACCUGGAGGCCCUCCGGCUCUCCACCAAGCAGCUGGAGAGGUCGGAGAAGGACAAGAAGGCCCUGGAGCAGGAGGUGGCCCAGCUGGAGAAGGACAAGAAGCUGCUGGAGAAGGAGACCAGGCGGCUGUGGCAGCAGGUGGAGCUCAAGGACGCGGUCCUGGACGACAGCACGGCCAAGCUCUCGGCCGCCGAGAAGGAGAGCCGCGCCCUGGACAAGGAGCUGGCCCGCUGCAGGGACGCCGCCAGCAAGCUGAAGGAACUGGAGAAGGACAACAGGGACCUCACCAAGCAGGUCACCAUGCACACGAGGACGCUGACGACCCUGAGGGAGGACCUGGUGCUGGAGAAGCUGAAGAGCCAGCAGCUGUCCAGUGAGCUGGACAAACUGAGCCAGGAGCUGGAGAAGGCCGGCGUGCCCAAGGAGCUGCUGCUGCGGGAUGACAACAGCGGUGACACAAAAUACAAGCUUUUGGAAGGCAGAAAUGAAUCAGCAUUAAAAACAACACUAGCCAUGAAAGAAGACAAGAUUGCGUUUCUGGAAGCGCAGAUGGAAGAGAGAACCAGCCUGAAUCACCAGCUGCAGAACGAGCUCCAGGUGCUGCAGAAGGAGCGCGAGGCCUUCAGACAGAGCCAGGAAGAAGGGAAAACCCUGCAGAACUCCUUGAGUCAUCCCGGGGCAGCGCUGGUGCCGGGCCCCCAGGGGACGGAGACCUGGGAGGCCAGCCACAAGGAAGCCACGAUGGAGCUGCUGCGCUUCAAGGACCGGGCCAUCGAGCUGGAACGGAACAACGCCGCCCUGCAGACUGAGAAGCAACUGCUCAAGGAGCAGCUGCAGCACCUGGAGACCCAGAACGUGGCCUUCAGCACGCAGAUCCUGACGCUGCAGAAGCAGAGCGCCUUCCUGCAGGAGCAUACGGCCACGCUGCAGACCCAGACGGCCCAGCUGCAGGUGGAAAACUCUACCCUGAGCUCCCAGAGCGCCUCGCUCACCGCACAGUACACGCUGCUGCAGAGCCAGCAGACUGCCAAGGAGACGGAGAACGAGAACCUGCAGAAGCAGCAGGAGCGGCUGGCGGCGGCCUACGAGGCCCUGCUUCAGGACCACGAGCACCUGGGCACGCUGCACGAGCGCCAGUCCACCGAGUACGAGGCCCUGAUCCGCCAGCACGGCUGCCUGAAGACGCUGCAUCGGAACCUGGAGCUAGAGCACAAGGAGCUGGGGGACAGGCACGAAGCCAUGCUGAAGCACAAGGCAGAGCUGGACGAGCUAGAGAAGGCCCUGCACUCCGAGCGGGAAGCGCUGCAGCAAGAGCAGAGGAGCAGCGCCGUGGCCGCGGGCGAGAACCAGAGGCUGCGGGGUGAGCUGGACAGGGUCACCUUCCUGCACCACCAGCUGAAGGGGGAGUAUGAGGAGCUGCAUGCCCACAACAAGGAGCUGAAGACCUCGCUGAACAACGCACAGCUGGAGCUGAACCGCUGGCAGGCCCGCUUUGACGACCUGAAGGAGCAGCACCAGACCAUGGACAUCUCGCUGACCAAGCUGGACAACCACUGUGAGCUGCUCUCCCGCCUCAAGGGGAAUUUGGAGGAAGAAAACCAUCACCUCCUGAGCCAGAUCCAGCUGUUGAGCCAGCAGAACCAGAUGCUUCUGGAGCAGAACAUGGAGAACAAGGAGCAGUACCAUGAGGAGCAGAAGCAGUACAUAGACAAAUUAAACGCUUUGCGAAGACACAAGGAAAAACUGGAAGAAAAAAUCAUGGAUCAGUACAAGUUCUAUGAUCCUGCUCCAAAGAAGAAAAACCACUGGAUUGGAGCCAAAGCCUUAGUCAAACUCAUCAAACCAAAGAAAGAGGGUUCCAGAGAACGUUUGAAGGCAACCACAGACAGCCCUCCCUCGCAGCCGGAGGCCCCAGACCCGGCCUCCCCACCUGCUCAGCCUCUCCGCUCUCAGCCAGAGAACCCCGAGACCUCAUCUUGCCCAAACGGCACAGAAGAGCAGGACACCCACAACGGGCCUGUGGGGAAAGGCCCUGGGGACCUAAAGCCAAAGCAGGGGUCCCCGCACGGAGGCAGCCUCGACCGCACGGAGGCCUCAGCAGAGCCUGCUGCGAAGCCCUGGCCCCCCGACCUGGGCCCCCGGACCUGCGCCACCUCAGCCAUCACUGUACCCCCUUCCAGCUCCACCCCCAUCUCCCGGCACCCAGGCCGCGCCAGAGGCUACAAUUCCGACGACAGCCUGUGCGGACAGUCGCUGGAGCUGGAGCUCGCCAACCACCGGCAGUUCGGUUCGGCUGACCAGCUCCACGGCAGGUCUGAGAGCUUCAGCAGCGAGGACCUGAUCCCCAGCAGGGACACAGCCACUCUGCCCCGGGAUGCCAACACCCCAGGACGCAACACCUUCAGCCGCCAUGAGUACCCCCCGCCCCGGAAUGGGCCUCUCCCCCAGGAGGGCGUCCAGAAGAGGAGCGUGGCCCAGCCCCAGGCCGGCAUGCGGCCCUGCUCAGCUUCCCCCAGCAGUGAGAUGGUCACCCUGGAGGAGUUUCUGGAGGAGAGCAGCCGGGGCUCCCCCAUCCCCGACACUCCCAGUUGCCGGGAUGACCUGCUAAGUGACUACUUCAGAAAGGCUAACGAGGCCCUCACCACUGGGGGCCAGCCAGGACCGCCUUCCAGGAAAGAAGGGGCCAAGAUGCCCACCAGCUUGGUCGCCCCCACCAUCAAGAUGGCUGUCAACACCUCUGAAGGAAAGCUGCUGAAGCCUGGGCAGUACGUGAAGCCAAAUUUCAGGCACGCUGAGACUGAGGCCCUACCCAGUGCCCCUGCCAGGCAGACCCAGCCUCCCCAGAGCCUGUCUCUGGGCAGACCCCGGCAGGCCACCAGCCGGAACACGUCCCUGAGCCGGGCCUUCAGCCUGGCCUCGGCGGACCUUCUCCGGGCCAGCGGGCCAGAGACCUGCCAGCAGGAGUCCCCUUUGAAGCUAGGGGGUCCUGAGGUCUUGGGCAGCCGAGAACCUGGCAGCCACACUCUGCAAAGCCCCACACCGCCCAGCUUGGCCCGGGAGCGGACCCCACUUGUGGGAAAGGCUGGAGGCUCCUGUCAGGGCCCAGGCCCUCGCAUCCGGCCGCUGGACAUGAGGCGCUUCUCACUGGCUCCCCCCAAGGAGGAGAGGCUGGCCCCCCUGCAACAGUCCGCCACGGCCCCAGCCAUUGCCACGGGAGGGAGUGGGGGCGGCAACCCCCAGCUCCAACCCUUUUCACCUGGCGUGGCCCCGGCUGCCAGAACUAAGCCCCAAACUCCCACGCACGUGGGCGAGGUGGCUACUGUCGCCCCCAUCCGGGUGGGGCUCAGCCUGUCAGAGAGGGAUGGGGCCCUGGGGCCGGGCCACACGGAGGGGCUCGCUGCCAAGAGCUUGGGGAGGUCCCCCGACAUGGCGCCCCAUGCGGGCCGGGCCCCUGAGGACUUCAGCCGGGGGAGCACACCAGCCUCCCCGGAGCCGGGCGCGGACCCACAGACCGUGUGGUACGAGUACGGCUGUGUGUGAGCAAGCGGCCCGGGCUGGGACUACGGACGCCUCUGACCACGCUGCCCGCCCGCCCUGCCCGCUUGUGGUGCCGGGAGAGGGGCUUGGGAUGAGGAAAGGAGGGGUCCCCGCAGUCCUGCGGGUUUGUUCAUGAAACACUGUGCCAAGCCCUCAGAGGAUCACUCUCAGGAGUGUGCCAUGUCUUCCUUGCCUGUAAGUAGCCUCCAGCAACUGUUCUCUUCAGAAACCCCACUUUCCAGCACAUCUGGGGCCUCUGCGACCCCAAAGCAGACACUAUCCGAGCGCGCCUGGUAGAACACUCGUGGGCAGCCUGCUGGCGUCCGGGCGUGUGCGUGCGUGUGCACGUGCGGCCCCCGCGCUCUCAGACUCUACUCCUCCCAAAAGCCAGGGAGCAGCCCAGACUGGCCAGCCCGCAAAGGUCUUGAGGGCCAUGGUGGGCCCCAGAGUCAGACUGGCUGGCCGUUAAAACCCAGGAGUGUCGCCCCGACAUUCCUGGCAUCCCAAGCACUUCCCUGUACCCCCAGGGCCAAGGUUGCCUUCCGGCAGGUGGCCGUCGGCCGCGGCAUUGGCCUCCCUCCAGCAGCUGGACUCUGGACGCUGUGGUGGGUUCUGGGGCCGCACGGCCGCCUGCCUUACCCUGGCCCGCUUGUCUACAAACACUGGAUCUUCCGGGCCUGGGGGGGAUGGUGGGAGGGGACAGGGAGGAGCCCCUGCCCCCCCCCCCCUCCUGGCUAGUGCACAGCCGGGACGUGUGUGCAAGAGUGAGGUGCAAACUCCAUUUGUCACGUGGCUGCCGCUCCCGCCGCCCCGGCCUCAGGUGCGAUGUCAGUUUGUUCACCGGUAGGAACCAACCCUCUCGGCACGCGCGCGCGGAAUCGCGGUCCCCGCGGGGUCUGGUUGUGCUGCCCCGGGAGCCGGUCUCCGCUCCCCGGCAUCGUGCUGCUGCUUGUUCUCGUCAGGCUCCUGACGCCCCGCGUCUCCUCAGUAAAGGUGCUCUUUCCGACCUGCCUGGACCUGGUGGUCUUGCUCGUGAGGUGUCUCUUCUUUCCUUUUCAUCGAAAGUCGUGAGACAGCCUUGGGAGACCCCGCGUGUCGGCAAGGCCCGCUUGGGGGGGCUCUGGGUU